UCUUGCAGAUGAAGUUAAAUAUAAGUACUUAAAGUGAGCUUUGUGUGAGAGCUUUCAUAAUAGUUUGUGGGUUUCAAUUGUUUUUGGGUUAAAAUGAAGACCGUCCUAUGCGAAGAAAACAACUGCCUUAGUGCAAGUGUUGAUAAUUUUGAUGAUAGUGAAAUAAGUCUGUCUAAUAUGGCAACUUGCAAUUUACAUGGGGAAGAUUCGCCUUACUUUGCUGGGUGGGAGGCGUAUCGAAAAGAUCCAUAUGAUGAAAAGCUCAAUCCUCAUGGGGUUAUCCAGAUGGGCCUUGCAGAGAAUACGCUCUCAUUUGACCUGAUGGAAGAGUGGUUGUUAGUUCACCCAGAGGCAACAAUUACUUCCGAACAGGGUUUGGAUUCAUUUAAAGAACUGGCACUUUAUCAGGAUUAUCAUGGAUUACCAGAUUAUAGAAAGGCUAUGGCAAAAUUCAUGGAGGCAUUGAGAGGAUACAAAGUGAAAUUUGAUCCUGACAGAAUAGUAAAUGCUGCUGGAUCAACUGCAGCUAACGAGGUGCUAAUGUUCUGCCUUGCUGAUGCAGGGGAUGUCUUCUUAGUACCAUCUCCUUAUUAUCCUGCUUUUGCUAGAGAUCUGAGGUGGCGCACAGGAGUAGAGAUUGAGCCAAUCCAUUGUUACAGCUCAAACAACUUCCAAAUCACCAAAUCUGAAGUGGAAUCAGCAUUCAAGAGAGCCCAAGAUCUCAAGAAAAAGGUGAAAGGAAUUCUCAUAACAAAUCCUUGCAAUCCUUUGGGCACAAUAUCAAGUGCUGAGACAUUGAAGAUGCUGCUUGCUUUUGCAAACAAGAAGAAAAUACAUCUUGUUUGCGAUGAGAUUUACGCAGGCUCAGUCUUCCAUUCUCCAGAGUUUCACAGCAUUGCAGAGAUUGUGGCAGAAGAAAAUUACACCCCAGAUAAUGUGCACAUCGUGUACAGUUUAUCAAAGGACAUGGGUCUUCCAGGCUUCAGAGUUGGGACAAUUUAUUCCUAUAAUGAUACAGUAGUCACAGCGGCUAGAAGAAUGUCCAGUUUCACCAUGAUUUCAACUCAGACUCAGCAUUUAUUGUCCACUAUGCUUUCAGAUUCCGAAUUCGUUAACUAUUAUAUAGCUGAGAAUAAGAUGAGGUUAAAAGAAAGGCAUGGAUUGAUUGUUGCAGGGUUUGAGCGAGCUGGCAUUAAAUACUUAAAAGGGAAUGCAGGCCUUUUCUGUUGGGUGGACAUGAGUGAUCUACUUCCAUCAAAAGACAUAGAGGGGGAGCUAAAACUAUGGAAAGGUAUUUUAUACGAGGCGAAGCUGAAUAUUUCUCCUGGGUCUUCAUUCAAGUGCAUGGAGCCUGGCUGGUUUCGAGUCUGCUUUGCUGAAAUGAGUACAUCCACCAUGGAAGUUGCAUUGGAGAGACUUCAGAGAUUUGCGGAGCAAUGCAAAAACCAUGCAUAAGUUGCGCUAAUGGCAUGAUUUCAAUCAAGGGCAUUCCGAUCUUGCAGCUAAAGUGUUUCUACUAAGCCCAUUCUUUAACAAAAUAUCCUGCAUGAAAGUUGUGUUGAAGAGAUUUUAGAGACUUGGCAAGUAACAAAAAGCCACCCAAUUAGCCUUUUGCUAAUUGCGUAGUUUACUAAGCCCAUUCCUCCACUUCUCAAACAAAGUCUGAGGUCGUUUUAUACGGUCUUUUUUUAUACUUCUGGUAGCUUUCCAAUAUAGAUCAAACAUCUCUCACCAUCUAUUGUCUUAUUGUUCAAAAAAAAGUAAGCUGUUAUCACAGCCACAACAAUGGCA